CCCCUCUUUCAUCGCAGAUACCCCUCUACCUCCUCUCCUCUACUCCCUCUCUCUACCUCUACUCUAUCUACAUCAAUCAUGGCCUCCGCGACUACUAUUGAAAAAGCCAACAUUGGUGUGUUCACGAACCCCAACCACGACUUGUGGAUCGCAGAAUCAAAACCCUCGGUCGAGGAAAUCAAGUCGGGCCAGAGUCUCAAGCCCGGUGAAGUCACGGUCGAGGUUCGCAGCACUGGUAUUUGCGGAUCCGAUGUUCACUUCUGGCAUGCCGGCUGUAUCGGUCCCAUGAUCGUCACUGGCGACCAUGUUCUCGGCCACGAAUCUGCAGGUCAGGUCAUCGCUGUUGCAUCCGAUGUUACCCAUCUCAAGCCGGGCGACCGUGUUGCCGUCGAGCCCAACAUCAUCUGCAAUGCCUGCGAGCCGUGUCUGACCGGUCGGUACAACGGUUGCGAGAAUGUUCUCUUCCUGUCCACACCCCCCGUCGAUGGCCUGCUCCGACGCUACGUCAACCACCCCGCUACCUGGUGCCACAAGAUUGGAGACAUGAGCUGGGAGGAUGGUGCUAUGUUGGAGCCUCUGAGUGUGUCUCUGGCUGCUAUCGAGCGCAGCGGUCUUCGUCUGGGAGACCCGUGCUUGAUCACCGGUGCCGGCCCAAUUGGUCUGAUUACCCUACUCAGUGCCCGUGCUGCGGGAGCAACACCCAUCGUCAUCACCGAUAUCGACGAGAGCCGUCUGAAAUUCGCCAAGUCGCUCGCCCCUGAAGUGCGCACCUACAAGGUCGAGAUUGGUCUGUCGGCUGAGGAGUCCGCCAACGGCAUCAUCAACGCCCUGAACGAUGGCCAGGGCUCGGGUCCCGAAGCUCUGCGCCCGCGUCUGGCACUCGAGUGCACCGGUGUGGAAAGCAGUGUCGCAUCCGCCAUUUGGAGUGUCAAGUUCGGCGGAAAGGUCUUUGUGAUUGGCGUCGGCAAGAAUGAGAUGAAGAUUCCCUUUAUGCGUUUGAGUACGCAGGAAAUCGACCUGCAGUACCAGUACCGCUACUCCAACACCUGGCCGCGAGCCAUUCGGCUGGUGAAGAACGGCGUGAUCGACCUGAAGAAGCUUGUCACUCACCGGUAUAAGCUCGAGGAUGCCCUCAAGGCAUUUGAGACGGCGUCGAACCCCAAGACGGGGGCGAUUAAGGUGCAGAUUAUGAGCUCGGAGGAGGAUGUCAAUGCUGCUGGUCAGACGAAUUAAUUGUGAUGCAUUUGUGAUGACUUUUCCAUGUAACGUUUAUGAUGAUGUCCUAGAUGCAGAUUA